CGGCCGCGGGAGAGGCGUCCACGGCGGUGGCGGCUGGGGCAGCGGCAGACUGGCGGCCGAGCAGGGCGGCGGCGGCACGGGGUUAUCCCUCACCAAGGACAGAGAAACCACAGGACUCUGGAGGACCACAGCCCUGAUUUAGGGAGCCAGACUUGUCUUGGCCAAACAGCUGCUCAUCUGGUUCGUUCCAUCAGCCUGGAUUGGUGAAUCUGAGUCACAAGGGAGAUCUCCAGGUUUGCUGGGAUGGGAAACCUGCUCAAAGUCCUUACCAGGGAAAUUGAAAACUACCCACAUUUUUUCCUGGAUUUUGAAAAUGCCCAGCCCACAGAAGGAGAGAGGGAAAUAUGGAACCAGAUCAGCGCCGUCCUCCAGGAUUCCGAAAGCAUCCUCGCAGACCUGCAGGCUUACAAGGGCGCGGGGCCAGAGAUCCGAGACGCCAUUCAAAAUCCCAAUGACAUUCAGCUUCAAGAAAAAGCGUGGAAUGCAGUGUGUCCUUUGGUCGUGAGGCUAAAGAGAUUUUAUGAGUUUUCGAUCAGGCUAGAAAAAGCUCUUCAGAGUUUAUUGGAAUCUCUGACCUGUCCACCCUACACACCAACGCAACACCUGGAGCGGCAGCAGGCCCUGGCAAAGGAGUUUGCGGAAAUUCUGCAUUUCACCCUUCGAUUUGAUGAACUGAAGAUGAGGAACCCGGCUAUUCAGAAUGACUUCAGCUACUACAGAAGGACCAUCAGUCGUAACCGCAUCAACAACAUGCACCUAGACAUUGAGAACGAAGUCAACAAUGAGAUGGCCAACCGAAUGUCCCUCUUCUAUGCAGAAGCCACGCCCAUGCUGAAAACCCUCAGCAACGCCACCAUGCACUUUGUCUCCGAAAACAAAACGCUGCCAAUAGAGAAUACCACAGACUGCCUCAGUACGAUGACGAGCGUUUGUAAAGUCAUGCUGGAAACUCCGGAGUACAGGAGUAGGUUUACAAGCGAAGAAACGCUGAUGUUCUGCAUGAGGGUGAUGGUGGGGGUCAUCAUCCUCUACGACCACGUCCACCCCGUGGGAGCUUUCUGCAAGACAUCCAAGAUCGAUAUGAAAGGCUGUAUAAAGGUGUUGAAGGAACAGGCCCCAGACAGUGUGGAGGGGCUGCUGAACGCCCUCAGUUAAUGUGAGGAGACAAACUACACCACUUUUCUUCAGUAUAUGGACCUGCCAUCGUGCCCCCUUGUGGUGGCAAGGAGGACAAGUAUUCCCAUAAAAGUAGAAAACCCUAACAGUUUAAGUGUUGGGUAAUGUUGCUAUAUGCAAACCCAUAUUUUAAUAUUUGUGUCUCAGCAGGGGUGGCCUAGAUGGCCAAGAUCCUGCGCUCAAGCACGUGAAGUCUGCCUCCCUGGAAAAUGAGAUUGCUUGUGUCUCCUCUGUGAAAUUAUUUGAUUAGGUGGAAGAUCUACUUGUUUAAUAACCAUAACAUAAAACUCCUUCGGAAGGAAGGAUCAAAUAUGAAAUCUGAGACUGCUCUGGGCAUUGAAGUGUGGCUCUUUGUCUAAAGAACCAAUGCCAAGUUUGAUUUGUAAAUAUCAGUUAUUUCUCCCAAGGUAAAGAUGAGCUGGAAAGUCACGAUCGAAGCUUUCUCAGAGUGCUGUUUGCACACUGACCGCCAUCAUUUUCUCUCCAUCCAGGUUCACUACAAAACACUUGAAUGAUGAAUCGACUUCCAAACAGAUUCGAGCCAUGCUUCAGUAAAGCUUUGCUCAGUGAAGAGGAUCUUUGAACUGACCUCAGAAGAUGUAUAUGUUUACAUAAUUUAAUACAGAUUGAUGUUAAUACUCGUGUAUUUACAUAACCGUUUCCUUCUUGUCCCUGAAAUAUAUGGACCUUAAUUUGUAUCCCGACUGACUCAACCCAGCAGAGCAUAAAUUGACUGGAGAGCCUUAUCUUCGAUGGCUGAAAGGAAAACCGCUUCUCCAGAAGGAAAAUUUUGGAGACAUUGAUCUUUGCUACUGGAGUUCCUUACACCUUUAACAAUCAGAAAUUCCUAAUAGCUUGUGGUCAUGUUUUAAUUCUAGAUGUGUAAUCUCUCUGGGAAGUAUAGUUAUAGAAACACGAAGUAUUUGAUUUCCUGGGUCAGCUCAACUACAAGAAACACAGCUGUUAUCCUGACAGAGAGAGAGGGAUCCCAGAAAAGACAAAUGCACGUGGAGACACAAAGCCAAGUGUUUGGAAUUCAGCACACCCCCUCUCUUUCCUCAGACAGCGCAGCACACGUGCAACUUUUUUGUUGCAUGUAUUUUAUUUAUCAGCAUACUCUCUUCCUGUUUUGAUUUCUACCCCCUAAUGUUCCCUUUCCAUUUUGCAAGAGGAAAAAUCAGUGUGUUUGCAUCAGUUCAUGGGAGGGAAGCAAGGAUAGAUAGAUGUGCUGUUGUGGAUGGGUUGGUGGCUGUCGUGGAAGUGGGGCACAGGUGGGGAGGAAGGGCACCCAGGCGACAGGACAGUCAUCUCUCUGCUUCAACCUUCUGUCUCCAGGGACAGGGAAAUGGAGCUCUGGCUAAAAUUGUGGGUAAGGUUGCUAACAUUCCUGUUGUCUGUGGAGCACUGCGUACACACUCCCUCCUAAUAGGAGCCCCGUCCUCUGGGGACCAUCCAUGUGGCAGCAGAGACCUAGACACUUAAUUAGUUACCAGAAAACUAGAGGAACUUAGAGGGGAGAUUUUCGUUUUCUGGUUAUCUAAUAUUUAAAUGGCAGCUCCUUUAUGACCCAACUGCUAGCUUGUUGCAAUGUAUAAACUCUGGCUUGAGUACCUGGAUUAAGUCCUCGCCCUGUUGAUUCAGAGUGAUCUUGGGAAAUUCACUUAAGUUCUCUGUGUCUCACUUUCCUCAUCUAUAAAAUGGGCAAAUAAAACAGAUAAUCUCCAGUAGUCCUACAAGACUAUGAGCCACUAAAAAGACUGACUCUCACAUCCUUCCUUUGUAAGUAGAGUCCAGUAAGCAUCACCCCACCUCGUCUUGAUGCUUAGCAGUAUGACAAGGGUCAUUGUGUCUGCAGACAGAGCCUAGAAUGGAAUCUUGGAAAUCUUCUAUUCUGGUCUCCAAGUGGAAAAACGAGACAGAGGAUGAAGUCUAACAGGAUCACCCCCAUGUAGGACUAGAACCCAGGAUGCCUCGUUCCUGACUCCAUGCCCUUUCUUUUUCACCACGUGGCCUAUGCAUACAUACUAUGGGGGUGGUACUGGACGCUUUUAAAUAACCCCUCGGCCUGAACCAUAUAAUUGCUUGCCUAUUUCUGAUGGAAGGAAAGAGUUGCCCAGGGAAUGGUAAUUCCCCAAGUUGGGUUUGGUUAUAUCAGGGUUUGGUGUCAUUCACAAUGUCCCAAGGAAUGAGCUGUCACACCAUUAUUUUCCUGACUUUGGUGGCCACUGGCAUUCCCUUGAGUCCUCCAAGAAGAGGAGAGACAUACUUUGGUUUUGUUUAUGUUUCCCAAAGAAAUCCCUUCAAGUGACAGAACAGAUUACCCAGCCUGUAUCUAAAUGUCAGUCAACAAGGAGAGGAAAGGCCCUUUUCCUUGGAGCUUUUCCAGGUGAACAAGUACAGCUGCUUGGAUGAGGGUCCUCUCAUCAGAACAGAAAUGCACUAGAUGGCUUUCAAGACCUUUCCAAACCUAGGCAUUCUAAAACCCUAGAGGAAGCCAGCAAUUAGGAUAACACUGGGUAAACAAAUUCAUUAAAUAUUCAGCUUAAGAAACGUUCUUUUACUUGGCAGGCCCAUGUUAUCUUUGGGAAACAACUGUCGAGACUAGAAGUAUAGAUGCACUCAAUGUUUAUCGUCACUGGGUUUACUUUCCUCCCAUAUCAGGGAAGGAGAUGAAGUCUUGGAGAGGGGAAAGGACUUGCAGAGUAAAUAGUUGAGCACGUUUAUAAUUUUUAAUUAGACUUUCUAUCAAAUGGGACCAAACAUAGGGGAGAGGCUGCCGGUCUGCCCCGAUUUAGCCAAGCUACCUUGUUUCAAAGCCAAGAUUCACUAGUACGUGGAUUCUCAAAAGCCCAGGACCUGAACUAUUGCCUCUGACUAUCAGGGGGACGGUUAACUGAAUGUCUGUGAUCACUAACAGGUGAUGGGCCUUGGGUCCACUCCGGAGCUAUUGUGGGAGACAAAUUCUUUUAACAGACCGUCCACCAGGCAUCAGACAUCUUUGAAAAAUCACAGCUUUCUGUGCUGCAUGCACAUGUGUCCACAGCCUGUGAGUGGUUCAGGGGAAAGUGCUAGCCACAGUAUCCAUGUCCAUGUUAACUAUAUUUCAUAUUUCAUGUCUCAUCAUUUUCAAAUAAAAGUGUUUUCCAUUACUCAGAUAUUUAUUUUGGGGCAAGCAACAAGGUGAAAAUUACAUUUCUCAGAUGCACUGCUACUUUGGCAUUAUAACUUUGUUCUUGGAAACCUUUUAUGUGCCACUAGGAAUUAGGAAAACAAAGUGACAAUGAAUAUUUUGAAUUGUGGUGGCCCAUUGGGGCUGGAGUAUUAAUUAACAACCAGAAAGGGAAUCCUGGAUACUAUCCUUUAACUAUUAGUUAAUAUCAUGCUUCAUCGGUGUUUGCUCCUAGCCGUCACCAUUGUAUCAAGUUAUUAAUGGUAAACUGAGGUUUUUAAUACAUCAUCACAUUUAAAUAACAGUAAUUUCAUGCUUUCUCAAAAGAAAAAUGAAGCUCUCUCAAUCUUGGAAUCUAAUGGUGCAGUAGACAUCAGAAACUUCUCAUUCAGUCUUGUAUCCCAGACAGAUACAAAUUUUUCUAGAUGUUAAUAAUAAACAUUGGAAUUUUAUCUUAAAGAAACAAAAAACUUUGGAACCCAAUUUCCCCACUACAUCUAUAAAGGCUGCUGCAUACACAAAGCUGUUUAAAAGUUGUUGUAUAUUGUUUGCUGAAGUCCCUGUAAUUUUUUUUGCCUGCUUUGCCUCUUUUUGUACAGAAGUUUUGAGUGUGAAAUGAAAAUUAAAGUUUGGUACAUAUAUUUAAAAA